AUGGUCAAAUCACAUAAUGAUACAAGAGAAUGGUCCAAAUGGUACAAGAAGACCAAAUGUGGCAUAGCCAAAAUGAAAAGGAAAGCUCUAAUGGUGUUCAAGUUAGACUAUGAAUACAAGAAGACAGCCAAGAACGACGAGGAAGGUGUUGCCAUAAUGAAAACAAUUUUUUUAAUGGUGUUCAAGCUAGACGAUGAAGGAAACGCGGUCUACACUCAAGACAUGGGAGAUCUGACCAUGUUUCUCUCAAUGUCUGAACCUUUCUGUGUCCCUUCUGCCUCCUUUCCUGGUUUGGCUCCUAACUACAUUCGCAUCUUCGAUAUUGAUGAAAUCAGAUGUGUUAAUGUAGCAUCCCCUCCUAGCAUCCCCUCCUCCAUCGCUUGUAUAAAUGAUUCAUAUUCUACGCCUUAUUAUUUUCCACCACAAGAUUAUUGA